AUGGCAGACAAGAGGAAGUUACAGUGUGACAUAGACAGAACCUUAAAGAGGGUCCAAGAAGGUCGCACUUCUUUUCAGGUUAGAAUUUUACUUUUGUUGCGCUUGAGGGUUUACUUACACUAGGUGAUGUUUUGCUGCAAUUUUAGUUUGACCCUCUGAUAGCAUAGCAGCUGCAGGGACGAUCUGGAGUUUGGUAGUAGUAGGCGCCCUAGACUGCUGCCCCCUUUCCCGGUAAUUAGACCGCAUUGAUGCUCGCGCCUAAACCUGCAAAUGCACGUUACGUGGUCGAACAGGCAGUCCCCCACCCCUACAGGAGCAUUUCUGCAGUUCGUAACCCCGAGCACUUAGCAGCCCUCUCGAUCUGGGAUGUCUGUGAUUUAUUCCUUGAGACAGUGCGUGCGUGUGCAUACGAAAUCAGCACUGUUCGCGCGACUGCGUCACCACGGUAGCUUUGGAGCCACUGUAACCGGCAACUUGACUGCACAAUGUCAGGGUCCUCCUGCUCAACAGUGUAGCGAAUAACGUCGCGCGGUAAAGUCUCAUCUUCUGUGACCAAAGUCCCUCUGCGUCUUUAGGGCCUUUUUUUACGUCCACGUAAUCCUUUGAGCGGUUUUAUUCACAAUUUUGGGAUACAUAAAUACAUCGGCGGCGAAGUAAAAGUAUCCCCUUAUGCUAUGUCCAAGUGGCCAGUAGGGAAACUCGCAUGCACAUUUUCUUUCUGAAGACUUGUGUGCUUUGGAAACUUUUAACUGUCUGACUGCACUGCCUGACGAUAAGCCAACGCUAGACUCAGUUUCCCGACCCAUUUAGUGUAUUUCACAAAUUGAGCUACACAACCGUAUUUGCAGCGAAGCGCGCCUUCGGAAAAUUACGUGGUGUACACGUCUUUAAUGGAGAAAUGUUUUGGUAGGCGUUUUAAGGCCACGAGACGCUUGCUUUCGAAUUGUUCACCACACAAGGAAUGGCGGCAUGCGUUACGGUUACUGUGCUUCCUACCGAUCGUCUGUCAACUUGCGUUCAGUAUAUAUGUCACUGCAAAUGUGAAGUUAAUGUCUUUCAGCCUCCAUUCUGCUACCAAAUACGCAGUAACAUAAUCUGCAGUUUAGAAAGGACACUAGACUCCUUUCGGGACCGGGGGAUUGUUGAGGUUGAUAAAAGUUAUCACCUGGGCGCACAUGGUACCACUUGCCGUUUCUAUCUUGUCAGGUAAUCCCCAGUUAUUUGUGCAGUACCUUGUUUAUACCAGUAUGAAGGGCAUUUCUCCAUAUGUUUUCCUCGUAUUUUACUUCCAUUCUUGUCAAAUAUCUCAAGAGACCACCGCUUUUGGUUGUGAAAUUUUUCUGACAACCCUAUUCACAGUCGCAGACAAUGUGAAUUUUAUGCCAGUUCCAUCCGUCACACCAAGAUUUGGUCCAGGUCCCAAAUGUUCCGAUUUUCCGUUUUUGGUUUGUGUUCAGUGCCCAUUUAUUGUAUUUGUCACCGAGCUACGCGGGAGAUGCGUUGGAUCAAUACGGGGCCAUAUCGGAUUCUGGCGGGCGUUAUUGGAUUGCGCACCAUAACAAAUGUCAAAAUUUCAGGCUACGGUGUCAGACUCGGCUGCCGGUAGUUGUCGCGCACACUGGGACCCCUGCCGCUCCCCCACUGUUCUGUUGGAUAAGGAAGUGGCCAUUUGCUGUGUGGACCAGGGGGUGGGGAGUGGAGCGCCAAGGUGCGGGCUCGACUGUGCCGUCCGCCUGCGCCCUCUGCCUCCGGUCACCUGACUCUGUCUUGACACUGGGCUCAGGUAGGGGAGGAGAGAGUGUGGUAGAUGCAGUGCAAGUCUUCACUAACUAUAAACUAAUUCAAGCGCAAGUCACCGUGCCUGCUCUCAGUUAGCUGUGGUGCGCACGCUGGACAUCGUAUUUGUCACCUGCUGCACAUCAGACUUCUACGUAUGAGGGAGGAUUCCUGAUUGGCGACUCGUGGUAUCCCGCAAUUAAAAUCAUGUGCAUGCAUACUCAUUUUUCUUGCCUAGGUUCGUGUUCAGCGAAUCCUCCCUGGAGACAUGAAUCUGGAUACAACGGAAUCUUUUCUAUCAUUGUAACUGAACUAAGCAGUGGGGUUACACAUAGAAGGCUGUUGAAUGUUCAUCUGGCCCUUGCGAUUACCUCGCACUAAUUGAAUACCAACCUAAUGGAUAUACAACUUUGGACUUUUUGUCCUCAAUACAUCAUUACCCGGGAGACAAGCCACAAAAACAGGAUGUUAUCGUGAGAUGUUACCGUGACGUGGUCGUUCUCACCGAAAAUUACUAGAGAUUCCUUUACGAACGUUACCCUUCGGUCAGCUUCAAACGUAGUAUUGUUAGAAGAUAACCUCCAGUAAUUUGUGCUUAUUUGGUUUGUGCCUCAAAAAAGUGCCCUCAAUGAUGCGAGUGAUGGCCUCUCUUGUAAGAUCAAUCUCUUAAGCCGGAUGUGUCAGUAGUGUUUGUGACUUCCUCAAACACAGACAAGGCUUUCUACUUCUUCCCUCGCUAGAACGUAUUUGUGACUACCGUACCCCUCCUCAAAUCACUUCUGCCGGGUUUUUAAUUUAUGCUCAACUUAUGUGACGCAUCUGCAUUUACCGGCUCUGUAUACCUACUUAGUUUUAUAAAUCUUGCAGAAUGCUCACCGUAGUCGUUUCCUGCAGUCUAAAGUAACUUCAGACAGUAUCUGUGUGUAUGUAUGUAUGUAUGUAUGUUUACGCACGAAUUCUUGGAUCGCACGGUUUUACUUCAUUUAACUGCUCUUCCUGCUUUUCUUAAUUAAGUAUAUCUCAAAAACGAGGUCUUCCAGAGGAAACUUCCAGUUAUCAUCUGGUUGUUUCUUGCUUUAUGGCGGAAACCUAUUUCUUAUCUGAAGAAUGUUGCUAUAAGUUUUAAGUUCCUGGGAGAAAAGUUGUCAUGCUGUUUUCAACCGAAAUCUAACAUGACACACUUGUUAAGUGGGAAACUGGUAGUCCGAGUAGUUCUUACGGCCUGCUUCAUAAACGACACUGGUAUCUCGGUCCAAAGGAUUGUUGCUGAGUAAAAUAUAUAAUUGACUUGGUAACUUCACCACUAGUGGACCUCUUUGGCUGAUCAUCCAUGCAAUUCUGAGCCAUUAAAUGGUUUGACACCAAGGACAACCAGGCCGUAGUUGACCGCCCUCGCUGUUUCUAUGACGGAUCUUCAUUUUGUUCACUUCCCUAGUUCCCACCUUCAGAGUUUUUCGUGUGCUUUUUGACAGGCUGGACAAACGCUAAAGGCGAACUUUCACAUUAUUUUGUUUUGAAACUCUCAGUUAAUUUUGAGAGUUUAUUCAACCCAUUCUGCAGAGCAUGCACCAUGUGAUGCUGGAAGGUACUCGUUUGAGUAUAUGCCUCGGAUACAAAAUGCUCCCUUCUUUGUUGACCGCGGCCUUUCUCCCACAGUUCACAAUUUACAUUUUAACUGCCACAAUCGUAAGACAUUUCAUAUCUUGGUGUGAGGGUGGCUAUUCAAAGUCUUGCGCUUUCCUCGUUUUUUGUUUCCGACGUCCGUGGGAGAAAUUGGUACUUUCUGUUUUGCAGAUCCUAUAAUCCCUGUUCGUACACUUUUGUUCCUUUGUAUUGCAGGAAAUUUUGGACAAGUUCGAGAGUUCAGGAAGCCAAACACAAAAAGAAAAGUUUGAAGCCGAUCUGAAAAAAGAGAUCAAAAAGCUUCAGAGGUUGCGAGACCAAAUAAAAACGUGGCUUACGUAUAAUGAAAUCAAGGACAAACGUGCUUUGCUGGAGGCUCGAAGAGUUAUUGAACAGGACAUGGAGCGUUUUAAGGUGAUAGAAAAGGAGACAAAAACAAAGGCCUAUUCCAAGGAAGGUCUCCUCUCCAGCGAUGCCAAGAAAGACCCACUUCAAAAAGAAAAAGAGGAACUGGAUGAAUGGUUAAAACAGUCCAUUCUAUCUCUUCAGACGCAGUCUGAAAAGUACGAAUUCGAACUGGAGAACUUGGCAACAACGGGAAAGAAAAAGCGGGCUGAUAAGGAAAGGGCUGCAACCACCGAGGAGAAGCGGAGAAAGUUAGAAUUCUGCUCCUUUCAUAUAGAGAAACUUGAAACCGUCAUGAGGCAUUUGGACAAUGAGCGCCUAGAUUGCGCCAAAGUUCGUUCGCUCAAGGACCAGGUGGAGUACAUCAUAGAAUGUAUAGAUGAUGUGGCGGUGGAAGAGUAUCAAACCCUUUACGAGGAACUGCACCUGGAAGACCUCAGUGAUGUUCCCAUAAAUUUGCCUAACACGGCCGGGGCUAUCGAUCACGACAAUAGCACGCUUCAGGCUUCAUCGUCAAAAACUACGGACGAUUCGGUGGACGUUCCUGUUCUUCUUAUUGGUUCAUCGACAUCUUCAAAUGCGUCCUCCUCCCGUGAAAGACAGAAACUUACUGACGACAAACUAAACAUUAUACCGCCGUCUGCUUCCUCAGCAAGUACACCUGUGAAGAACAUUUCUGAUGGCCAAUCCGGCCGAUCCGGAACGUCUGCUAACACCCCUAAGUCGGCUAAGGGAGCUGGGAGUAACCUUGCAAACCAGACGGCACCCUCUUCCUUCUUCGCCAGUUCUACCUCUGUUCCAUCGCCCAAUAAAAACAUCGCUGCUAAGUCUUUUGCAGGUGCUACUAGUGCAUCCAUAAGUGCAGCGCAGUCCGCUUCCAGCCAGCCAACUGGUGGCUCGCGUCUGCACUCCCAUUCGGAGUCCGAUGCUGCUGUUGGCGGAAAGGGGAACAAAGCGGAGGGAGAGUCCACAGACAAGACUGGUGAGACUCAUCGAGAAAAAUACGCCAAAGUUGCAGCUGAGUCAAAGGCGGGGAACAAGUCCAGCAAAGGCGGUAGCAAACAAGAUGCCAGUGCUGCAGAAAAGCAUUUAACGGAUCCCAAGGCAACGACCCCCGCAGCCACUCCGUCAAAAACCGAUGGGAAAAAUGCUUCGAGUAAGGGUGAUUCAGGCCUUGCCGACACUUCACAAAAGCCGUCCGAAGACUUGUCCGAGAAGCCAGCUGCUGUCAACACUGCCCUUUCGAGCACACUGCCGUCCAUAAAUGCCGACCCGGUUGUACCUUCCGCGUCUGCGCCGGGGGCUGUUGGAUCCGGCAAACCAGGCGUAUUUAACCUUAUGCCUGCUCCGUCUUCAUUUUCCUCUCACCCGUCUCGGCCCAAGGAACUUUCUGAUACGAUGGCAGUAACCUCAGCAAUGGGACGACUUUCUCUGCUCCCAACCGCCUCUGGAAAUUCAACCUUACCGAUCGGCAGUUCAGUUCCACCUAAUAUGUUGUCGGCCCAACAAAAGGUGGCUGUUGAUCCGGCAGUCGCGGCAGUACAUCAUCAGCAGGCUGCUGUCAUGGCUGCAGUAGCUCAGCAACAGCAACAACAACAGCAGCGAGUGAACGCGCCUUGUGUCGUCAUGCAUCCACGCGAUUCAGCCGCACCUUUCCGUAAUCGUCAACUCGAUCAACCGAAGCACACUUUCCCCCCCGAGGUAUGGGUUUCAUGUCUUUUAUCACCGACGUUAUGGGUCUGUUGUGAUAUCUUGCACACUAAAACGAUGAACUGACAUGUUCCUAUCGAGCAGAAUGACAGUCCCCUUUGUACGGCUAGGAUUAUUCAUAAGAACGGUCGGGGUCUUUUAUUGCCCAAAGUGAGAACUCCCAGGAGGCCUCUGUAAGAAACAUUUUAUGUUGUGUAGGCUUGGAGACGAGUUAGCGUCACAACAUCGCCAUUUUUUUAACUAAAGAACCUCUCCUCUGCCUGAACCUGGUGUCAAGAUAGUCAAAAAGACCGGGGGUGGGAGAGGGUGCAGGUGGAUGGCCCCGCCAAGCCCGCACCUUGCCGCUCCACACCACACCCCCUGGUCCGCACAACAAUUGACCAGGAUUUUAACCAACAACAACAAAGCUACAACGGGUCAGAAGGAGGAACAUGACUGGACAUCCAUGCUCACAACCUGUAUACCCAGUGGGAGCACGAGCGUGUCUAUCGACAGGGAACCAGGUGUCAGAGCUGCCAGCGCAUACCAGACUGCGAGGACCAUGGUUUGCUGAUCCUGGCAUACCAGACGCUUACAGACCUUUAGGCCACAGAUUUAGCUAGUAUUGUAUGGAUCACCAAGAUUGAGUGUUAGUGCGGCUGCCUCACCUACCUCGCGGAAUCAUCUGUUAUCCAAGUAACCAACCCUUAGAUGCGUGACUCAAUGUCUAUCUUAUUGAGUUUUUGCAGUUAUAACAGGCCAAUACGUCCUUUAAGAACCACGAUGUGGUUCUCCAGCUUCAAGGGCAUCUCAUAUUCGGAAUGUAUUUAGUUCCCCCUUCUGAGCGCCCUUUAGUCUGUCGGUGAUUUAAAUAGCGCAAACUGAGACAGUCUUUUCACCUACUGUUUGAUUCGCUUAAGGGGUGAUAGUGAUUUUGGUACCCCUUAUUAUUACUUUAUGUAAGUAUGGUAACGUCGUUAACCGUGUACGGAGUAGCCAGUUUGGCACUGCCGGAUGUCAGAUCUAUCCAUGUUGCCUUUACUUCGCCAUCUGGUGAAACUUUCUGCUCGUCCCUUCUAAACCCGUGUUUAUCUCACGAUUGUCAAAGUUUAUCACAUACUGAAUACUGAAACUACCCUACUAACCCUUUUUCACCUUGGUUUCGAAACUGUCGUCCGCCCGCCUCGAAUGUGAGUUGCGUCCGAAUACGUCGGCGCCUGUCGCCAAAAGAAAGCUUAUGUCGUCGUCUGCAUUCCACCCCACUGCUAACGACCUAUUUUAAAUCUCGACCAACUCAUCUUUCGUGAUUAGCUAAACAUAACACGUUUUUCGGUCGGCAACUGAAAUUAUUUGGGCCCGGUGACAGCCAAUCACCUGGCCGCCAUAGCGUUCCUGCGAUGUGCAGUGAGGCGUAAAUUCUGCCUAUCCUACACUUACCCCUAUUAUGCGAUUUUAUGUUAUGAACGUGUUCAAUAAGCUAGACCUGAUGUACAGUUAGCAUGCAAACUCCUGAAUGCAGGUACGAGGUGGCAUACCAUACAUAUUGGAGCCUGAUAUUUCGAGUCAUGUGGAUCAUGCGGCGUCUAAACUGAGGCAACCCUUACAUGUUAGACGUGCCUGAUCCUCCCAUGCCGCCUUUAUGGGAACCGUGAAAAGUAAAGCCUAUAGAUGAUAAUCUGGUCUUUUCUGUAUUUAGUCACUGAAUUGGCAACCAAAAUUUACCUCCCCAGCCUCCAAUUGAUGAAUCUGUGGGAGCAGAUUGGGUGCUUGUCCAAUAAUCUGCUAAAUGAAUUCCUACACUCCAUCCUCAAAAGUAAAACCUUUGUUUUACAGCUAAUCCGCCAAAUGCAGGCUUUGGAGAGUGCCUACAGACGCCUACCGCACCCCUGCGACACAGAGAAAUCACGCAUGCUCGUGUACAAACAGCCAGUAAUCCCUCCCGACUACUAUCCGUCUGAGCCAUACAAGGGCAGUGACUCGGAGGAGUAUUUUAUGAAAUUGGACGCGCAAACCCUCUUCUUCCUCUUUUACUACUUUGAGGGUACCAAGGCCCAGUACCUUGCAGCUAAGGCCCUAAAACGUAUGUCCUGGAGGUUUCACACGAAGUACCUGAUGUGGUUCCAGCGCCACGAAGAGCCCAAACAAAUCACUGACGAGUACGAAUCGGGGACCUAUAUCUACUACGAUUUUAAGUCAAUGAGUCAGAGGAAGAGGGAGGAAUUCGUCUUUCAUUACAGUUUCUUAGAAGACAAAGACUUCUAA